AAAAACUAAAAGUUAGAGAGGUUGAUUACAUAGAAACAAUUUAUGUAUUAGAAAAUGAUGAAAAGAAAGAACGUACUGACACCCUCAUUCUUCAAGAUGCUGGAAUGGAUUCAUGGACUCUUUAUAUAUCAUCUAGUUCGAAUUUACUCGAUGUUUCAAAACAUAUUGUUAAGAAUAUUUACAAAGUAUCUAAUUGGAAAGAUGUUGGCUAUUUCAAUAUGCUACUAACUUCACCUUUAUUAGUUUUGAAAGAAAUGGGAUAUCCAGUUGAUCGUAUCUUGCAACAGCGUAAAUUACAAAAUAUAGCAGAUCAAUUAGAAAAUGAGGUUAAAUCCGAUAAUAAUGGAACAUCAGCAAACCAUAAUCAUGAUAAUUAUAAUAAUUUUAAUUCAUUAUUUUCUAAUAAUAAUAAUAACUCUCGACCACGACAAUCAAGAGGAACAAAUUCAGUUCAUGAUUAUAAUUUCGGAUCUAUUUUUAAUGGUAUAUCAAAAAAUAAGAACACAAAUUAUGAAAAAGAUAAGAAAUCAUUUAUUCUUAAUCUUAAACCGAACAAUAAAUCAGUAAAUAUUACUACUACUACAACAAAUAAGACACCAACAAUAACUUCUGAAACUACUCAAAUUUUACAAAAUCAGUUACAAAAUGCUGUAGAAGCUUGUCGUUCUAAUGCAGGUGUUAUCAUUAAUCAAAAACGUAGUACCGAAAUUGUCAAUGUAAACGAAGAAAGUCAAAUAAAUCAUUGCGAGGUCAUACCUGUUUAUUCAUUAUCCCAUAUUAAAACUAUACAAGAAAUUAAAUUUUAUCUUCCUAAAAUUCGGUCAAUGUUUCCUCAAUUAUAUGAUGAAGCUUCAUUAAACCGUUUUGUUAAUUUGUUAAGAGAUCUAGCAAGUGUUUUUGGGCUUUCGACAGCAACUAUUCAUAUUUUUUAUGAUGAAAAUGCAAGUUCAAUCGCAUUUAAUAAUAAUGGAGAAUUGUUUUUCAAUCUAAAAGUUUACACUAUAUUACAUGAUGAAGAAUGUAAGAUUAAACAUACAAUUUAUGCUAUGGCAUAUUGGUUUAUGACAUUAUGUCAUGAAUUAGCACAUAAUAUUAUUCUAUCUCAUAAUUCUGGACAUGAAUAUUAUUUCUCAUCAUUUGCAGAAAUUUAUAUGUCAAAUUUCUUAGCGUUAAUAGAAAGUCGAGGAAUUGCUUUUAAACAUAAUAACGUUCAACAAAAUUUCGGCCAGAUUAGUUUUAACAAGUUUGGCUGGUAUUAAACAAAUAAUUGGUUUAUUUUUUUCAUAAAUUAAGUUUUAUAUUUUUUGUAAGUUUUG